CAAAGAUCUAUUUUCAACUACCACGCACACUUUCUCUAGACUACGACAUACAUUGUUUCGUUUUUACGGUUACAAAUCUAACCAAUUGCUGUAUCGGUAACGAGUGCAAUAACAGUUCGUUUAGAGAAAGUAACAUCAGACAUUUCUAAAGCUUUAUUUGUGCUGAAAAUAUUUUCGAUGUGGAAUAAUCUAGCUAAUUUCCUCAGGCGUUUACUUGUGCUACCCAAGGGGUCUUUUCCAAAAGUAUUUAGCUGACAAAAAAAUGUUAUGGUUGAAACAACGUGUGCACCAAAUGUUCCACACGUACAGUAAAAUGACACAAGUUUACAUUUCGUCAAGAAGAAGAUGAUAAGCAUUAGAAGGUGUUGAAGUGCCGCUGGUUUCGUUCUAGCAACCAACAAACGCAGUGAUGUCGUCCUCCAGUGAAACGUGCCCGUUCUGUGGGAAAAACUUCAAGAGACUGAACAGCCACCUUCCCAGAUGCAAGAUGGCUCCGGUCACCACAACCACACAAAGGUUGCAGACCCCCCCUGGCCCAGCUGACCUCAUCACAGACAAGAACAGCAAGAAGACAUCUUUAUCAUUGUCUUCAUCACCAUCAACAACUUCUACUAAGAGUAAGAAGGCAUCAUCUUCAUCUCCAUCACCAGCGUUAUCACCAUUGGCAACUACCACCAAGAGUAAGAAAUCAUCAUCAUCAUUGACAACGACUAAAAACAAUAAGAAGAAACCAUCACCUUCCUCCUCCUCAUCGUCAUCAACAACAACUUCAAAGAAACGGCAGAAGCUCCUUGAUGAGACUUAUAUUCUCUCCAAAGACAGUCUGGCAAAAGAUCCAGCCAAUAUCCACACAAAACCCAAAGCGAUAGCCAAACUCAAAGCAGUCCCUGCCACAGCCCCAGUCCCUGCUACAGCCCCAGUCCCUGCUACAGCCCCAGUCCCUGCUACAGCCCCAGUCCCUGCCACAGCCCCAGUCCCUGCCACAGUCCCAGUCCCUGCCACAGUCCCAGUCCCUGCCACAGUCCCAGUCCCUGCCACAGUCCCAGUCCCUGCCACAACCCCAGUCCCUGCCACAGCCCCAGUCCCUGCCACAGCCCCAGUCCCUGCCACAGCCCCAGUCCCUGCCACAGUCCCAGUGAGCACUAAAGCCAAAGCUGCCUCUAAGAAGAAGGUUUCACUGAGGGAGCAGAUUGAACUAUCUGCUCAGACAGCCAGAGCUGCUGCCACACUAUCCCAGGAGCCUUUACCAGGGGCACAGAGUGAAGCAAGACCCUUCUGGAAGGAGGAGGUGGGGAGCAGUAGGGAGGAGGUGGGAGGAGAAGAGAAGCUGCAGGGGUCAGGCAGUGGUCAGCCCAGACCCAGCAUCCAGGACCACACCACUGUCAAACCUGACCGUCUGUACAGCAAGACAAUCGCACUGGACCCUAACCCAACCAUAACCUCUGACCUCAAUAAAGACCGUCUACGCAGCAAGACAAGCAACAGGGGAAAACUCAUGGUCAACCACGUUUCAACAGUACUGGACCGUGUUCAGACCACAACCGCUGAUCGUAACAAAGACUAUCUGUAUAACAAGACCAGAAGACUGCUCACGGUUGAACUCGGUCAAACCUCCGUGAGGACAGAGUCAGCAACAGCCAAUCAGAGUGUGACAAGGGAGAAAGCGCCAUUCGACACCAGGAAGUAUGGCACUGAGCAGAGGAUCAUGGGUAAACUGUCUCUAGGGGAGGUGAGGCUGAAGGAACUACCUUGCUGGAUCGCUACCAGAGCUCCCCGCAACCCCAGAAAUGGAGUACAGGCCCUGAUCAGCGGAUGGCAGUGGUACUACAGGAGGUAUAUAGAUGUGAGGAAAGGUGGAGUGGGUGGAGUGGCCAUGCUGUUAGCAGGAUACUGUGUGAUGGGCUACACCUGGCACUACCCGCACAUCAAGCAUGACCGCUGGAGGAAGUACCACUGAGCCCUGCUGAGUGGUAGGGGUCAAACUAAGGGGAAACCUCUUCACUCUGGGAGCGCGCCCCUAGUGGUGUGGUGGAGAAACAUUUUCCAACAGGAGACAUAUUUGACGAGCUGCAGCUAUGGCAAAAACGCUUUGGCUUUAUACACAUAUUCUUCUGUGUGAAAGGAGAUGAAAUGUAUACAGAAGCAACACUGAGGUGCCCAGGGAAAUGGUCUUAUUUCAGUUUGAAGUUUAAUUUCUUGUAAACCUUGUGUACAACUCUUUAAGUAUUUAUGUCGCAUUUGCUGUUGUUUUGUUAACUGUUUAUGAAAGGGAAGGAUAUCUCAAUGUUACACCACGUCUGCUUCUAGGACAAGUUAAAAAUGAAUUGUGUUCUCUCUAAACUAGUGAGAACAGCAUCAAAAGCUAAUUCAGCACUCCUAAAGGACUCCCAGCCAAUCCAGCAAGUGUCACUGUUAGACUGUUUUUGUUUAAACUGACAAUGUACUGUGUGUAGCAUGCCCUCCCUAUCAAUGCUUCAAAUGAUUGAAUUUAGUCAUGACCAGCCAUGAGACAAACUGGCCCAAGUAUAGUAAUACUAUAAUAACAAGUAUUACAGUGUGUGUGCUUGCAGUAUUUAACUGACUGGGAAGGUUUUACCAAUACUACAUGUUUGAGAAAGGUUAAGUUUCAAAUGAAUCAGGCUAUGCCCAUUUAUGAUUGUAUUCCAAAUGAAUUUAUUGUUGACUUUUCUCUUUCUGUAGUGAACACAAACUAAAAAUGAACAACACAGUA